CACUGCCUAAAACUCAGUAAAUGACACCACCCAAAGAAGAAACAUCUCAAGAAAAGUUUAAAAGAGAAAAAAAAAGAGAGGGCUGGGACCCGGGUGAACCCAGACACGCAUCCGAUCCAGAGGAACCUGCAGGACUGAAGGACAGCGUUACAGGCCGUCAUGUAGCGCAGAAUUCCCUGCAGGAAUCGGAUCCAGAAACAUCUGCGUCUCUGCCUCCGGUCCCCGAUACCAGUCCUCCAUCCGGGCCAGCAGAAGCAUGCCACAUGGCUUCCUUAAAACGACAUAGUUCCUCUUCCUUACCUCCGGAGGAUGGUCCAACAUCAGUGAAACAGAGAAAUGUCAGCACAGACCAUACACACAGCGGGAUAAAGAAUAUACCAUCACCUGACCAGCUGGAAGACGCUGUGAAAUGGAAAUUCCUUCCUGAUAUAUGUAGCAGUCAAAAAAAUAUAGAACCCAUUAUGAUCAAUGAGAGUUCAAUUUUACAAUUUAUUCUGAAUAUUAUAAUUAAAAAAAAAAUUGCAUUAAGUAACACUGAAAAUAUGCAGCUCUCCAAUGAAAAAGUAGUUUAUGUCCCUGAGUUUUUAACAAUGUUUAAAAAAUCUAAAGUCAAAGACUUAGUGACAGAAAAAAAUAGACAAUAUGCAUUCGCGUUUAUGAAAAGGAUAGAUAAUUCCUGUUUUAAAGAAAUCGGUCCAUUUUACCCAGUCAAAUACCACAGUGAGGAUUUUAUUUGUAAAGAAAUUAAAAACAUGAUACAAACAAAGGAAAUUGAUAAUUUUUCUGAAAUUUGGAUUUACACAGUGAAUAGUCCAUGUAUAGGGAGAAAAAAUCAUAUUCCUUGUAUGUAUAAUUUAAUCUCUUUAUCAUUCACCUUAGGUCAGAACUAUGGGAUUAAAAUGUACAUCGGCUUCACUAAAUUUUAUGUAUUUUGCACAAACAUGAGUAACAUUUUUAAUAACAGUAAAGAAUUGGAUGUUAAUAGUAAGAAAAUCAUUGAAGCAUCUGAUUUGAAUCAAUUAAAGUUUUCUGUUCAAUUUAAUAUUUCAGAAUUUAAACAUGAAUUUAAAAAGUUUAUGAUGAAUAUUCCCAAAAAUAAACGUAAGGUAGUUUAUGGCAAUAGAAUGUUUCCUCAAUCUCUAGACUUAGCACUGAUUUAUGAAGAGUGGAAGCAGGAAGGAAUACAAACAGCAGAACAACUCGCGUCAGAAAUGAGUGUGAAAAUCGGGGAAAGCGCUAGUGAAAUGAUGCCGAUUUUUGAUAAGCUUAAGCCUGUGAUUAUUAAUUGGUGGGAUAAAAAUGUAAACAGAUCCAUGUUAUUAAAUGAAAGAUUCAGUGAUUUUAUUGAAAAAAAUGUGGUUCUACACUACUUGGACGACAUCCAGCACCUUGAACAUCAUCCUGAACUUUUCCAGAUUGACUGCUACUGUUUGGCUAAUGAGGAAUAAUUUGGAUUAUAAUAAAUUUGGCUGAUUGGGAAA